CUCCUCCCUUAGUUGAAACAAAAUAUUUUAUAGCAGAAAGUCACCUCAUUACAGCUUUCCAGAUUCUUUUCGGAACUUUGAUGUUCUCCACUGAACAUGACCUCUGAGAAUAUUUACUGGGACAUACAGCAAGACCAUCAUAUAAAAGGACAAGAUGCAGAGGUUCAAAAAUGUUGCAACCAUAAAAAAUGUAUCAUUAUGGCAGUGUUUCUUUCUGGAUGCAUCUUAUUAACCUACAGAUUAAUUGAAUAUGCAAUAAUAAUAUUGAAUGCAAAAGACCAACAAUGGAUAAAUUACAAUGGAAAAACAUAUUAUUUUUCAACCAACAAACACACAUGGGAUAAAGCAGAUAUUUUUUGCAAGAAGGAAAGUUCAAACCUCACUGUGAUUAAGAAAAAUGAGGAGCUGAAUUUCAUGUUGGAUCACACUGUUGGUCAUACUUGGGUUGGAUUGAAAAGAGUGAAUGAUAAAUGGAAAUGGAUCGAUGGAACGGCUUUCCACAACAAAAUAUCUAGAGAUGGUAUUCAGCAAAUGAAGCCUGGAUAUGACUGUGUUAGUAUGCUGAAAGGUGGUAUGUUACUUGCAGCACCUUGCAAAACUCCUAAUCUCUGGAUAUGUGAAAGGAAAAGUACUGUGUGAUAUAUUCUUGAGAUGUAUGAAAAAUAUAUAUUUUUUUCUUUUAUUUUUAUUUAAUUAAUGCAGUCUCUGCAAUUUGUUUCAAAUAUUUUGUCUCCAUUACACGUUAAACAAACCAUUGAGGUCAUGUGUAAAAUGUAAUAUCUCUUUAAAUUCACUCAAAAAAUAAAGAUAGAAACAAACGUAAGCAAAAAAGUAACCUUAAAAAAUGAUUUUACAAAAUGUAUGUUGUAUUGCAAAUACAUGACUUUAUAUACUUAA